UGUUAGCUUCGUGGUUUCGGUUAAAGUAUCCACACAUUGCUCUUGGUGCUCUGGCCUCCUCAGCCCCAAUUCUUUACUUCGACAAUAUCACUCCGCAAGAUGGAUUCUAUUCCAUUGUGACCAAAGACUUCAAGGAGGUUAGUGAGAAUUGUUAUCGUACCAUAAAAAAAUCAUGGGCAGAAAUUGACAGAGUAGCAUCACAACACAACGGCCUCGCCAUUCUCAGUCGAAGAUUCAAUACUUGCACCCCGCUGAGCCACUCAUAUGAACUAAAGGACUUCUUGAGUGAUACGUACACAAGUGCAGCUCAAUAUGAUGCACCACCAGAUUAUCCAGUAUCAAUGAUUUGUGAAGGGAUUGAUAAAGCUUCUUCUAAGAAAACUGAUACUCUUGGCCGUAUUUUUGCUGGCAUUGUCUCUUAUUUAAGAAAUCAUACAUGCGUGGGUACAAAUAACUACAAUAUUCCAUUAGAGACUCAACUUGGAUGGGCAUGGCAAAGUCGUAAUGAAAUGGUGAUGCCAAUUGGGAUUGGUGCAAACGCUACAAUGUUUCAAGCUGCACCUUUUGAUAUACACGACUAUAACGAAUAUUGUAAGAGCAAAUACGGUGUUUCACCUCGGCCACAUUGGAUUACAACUUACUAUGGAGGCCACGACAUCAAGUUGGUCCUAAAAAGAUUUGGGAGCAAUAUAAUUUUCUCGAACGGCCUCAGAGAUCCAUUUAGUGCUGGGGGGGUGCUUGAAGAUUUGUCUGAAAGUUUGGUUGCUAUAACCACUCUAAAUG